UCCUUUCCCUUCUUUUCCUUUUUGAUUUUUUUCCCCCUUUUAUGUGUUCCAAUGAGUUUGGUCUAUGCCUUUGGUUGGACAAUUUUAUCGGCAUUGGUGGAGAAAUCCGUUUGAAUGGGUGAGAGAUGAUGGAAGGAAGUAUGUGAUGGAACUGCAAGCACUUGGGCAUUUGGGUUUUUGAAGCUCUUCGGUACUUCUAAUCAUACCAGUUGCUAAAAAUCUUGUCUUUGGAUUGUAAUGGCGGCGAAUGUAUGGUGCCUGGCACCUUUUGAUGGUCGAUGUCCGGUUGGUGUUUCAGCGAUUCUUGGGAGGAGGAGUUUGACAGUGGACGGGUCAGGCAGAUGUAGCUCAUUCAACAUUUUUUUGAAUGAAAGGAAUGGUUUUUAUGUUUCAGGUCAAAGGGCUGUUUCAUGUUCUUGGGUUAGAUGUUCGGCAAACUCGAAUUCCCAUAACAUUGGUUCAUACCACAAUAAAGAUCCCUUUUUGCAUCUGCACCCUGAAGUUUCCAUGCUCCGAGGAGAGACGACUGACAAGAUCAUUGAUUCGAAGAAGGACAAGUUGGGCAGCAAUGUAACUGAAAGCUUGAGGGAAUCUUCACUGCCCGAUAAUUAUAAAGAGGCCAAGAUAAAGGUUAUUGGUGUGGGUGGUGGGGGAUCCAAUGCUGUUAAUAGAAUGAUUGAGAGUUCCAUGAAAGGUGUGGAGUUCUGGAUUGUCAAUACAGAUGUUCAAGCAAUGAGGAUGUCUCCUGUCUAUCCAGAAAAUCGCUUGCAAAUUGGUCACGAGCUGACUAGAGGUCUUGGUGCCGGUGGGAACCCAGAUAUUGGGAUGAAUGCUGCCAAGGAGAGCAAAGAGUCAAUAGAGGAGGCGGUUUCCAGUGCUGACAUGGUCUUUAUAACGGCUGGAAUGGGUGGGGGCACUGGAACUGGUGGUGCUCCUGUAAUUGCAGGGAUUGCAAAGUCAAUGGGCAUCUUGACAGUAGGUAUUGUGACAACUCCAUUUUCAUUUGAAGGGCGGAAACGAGCAGUUCAGGCACAGGAAGGAAUUGCAUCUUUGAGAAACAAUGUUGACACCCUUAUUGUCAUCCCAAAUGACAAGUUGUUGACUGCUGUUUCACCAAAUACUCCUGUGACAGAAGCAUUUAACUUGGCUGAUGAUAUUCUUCGACAAGGUGUACGUGGCAUUUCUGAUAUCAUCACGGUUCCUGGUUUGGUCAAUGUUGAUUUUGCUGAUGUUCGAGCAAUCAUGGCUGAUGCAGGUUCAUCUCUAAUGGGUAUAGGAACUGCUACAGGUAAAACAAGGGCAAGGGAUGCUGCAUUAAAUGCCAUUCACUCACCAUUACUAGAUAUCGGUAUUGAAAGGGCAACAGGAAUUGUAUGGAAUAUUACUGGAGGAAAUGAUCUGACACUGUAUGAGGUGAAUGCUGCGGCAGAAGUGAUUUAUGACCUUGUCGAUCCAGCUGCAAAUUUAAUAUUUGGAGCCGUUAUUGACCAGUCACUCAGUGGUCAAGUUAGCAUAACUUUGAUUGCUACUGGAUUUAAACGCCAGGAGGAGACCGAAGGCCGGUCUUUUCAGGGAGCCCAGCUGAGUGGAGAUAGCCUUGGCAUAAACAGACGCCCAUCAUCUUCUCUUACUGAAGGGAGUAUGGUGGAGAUCCCUGAGUUUCUAAGAAAGAAAGGGCGUUCGCGUUAUCCAAGAGCUUGACAGCUUGCUGGUGUUUUUGGUAACAGAUAGAUGGAUGGUGAUGAUUAUGUUCUCUGUUUCUAAAGAUUAUCAAACAACCCUCAGGGGAUAUUAGAUGGUGUUUUCUUAAUCUUUGUUUUACGUGGAAAUUAGCAUUGAGAGACAAAGCACUUCUGUUAUUCUUAAAGAUAUGAUCUUCAUAUGCUUAUUUCAGACCAUGCUAAGUUACAUGAUGCAUCCACGAAGGGUUUCAUAGCCCUACGUAACUAGAAGCAGACUUUUUCAAUAAGUUGGGGGAGAAAAAAAGAAGAUAAACCUGCAGAGGGAGCAAAAGCAAUGGUUUCCAUCAACUAUGUGCUGAUUGUGCUGGAUUUCUUGUCACUUGUGCAGAUCAAGCCAUUUCUAGUCUAAGUGGAAGGUUAUAUGCUUUAUCUACUUUGAUGAGAAAGACCUUAGGACCUAAGUUAGAUUGGUAUUCUCUGUUGAGUUUUAAAAUUGUAAUACACUGCUCUUAGUGCUGCAAUUGUAUGCAUUUCUGUUAUUAUACAAAUUAGAAGGUUGAAUAUGAGCUGUUUGUAGUGGAUCCAGUUGGUUUUAAAUUGUUAAAACCAUUUGAAUACACUGCUCUUAGUGCUGCAAUUGUAUGCAUUUCUGUUAUUAUACAAAUUAGAAGGUUGAAUAUGAGCUGUUUGUAGUGGAUCCAGUUGGUUUUAAAUUGUUAAAACCAUUUGAAUACACUGCUCUUAGUGCUGCAAUUGUAUGCAUUUCUGUUAUUAUACAAAUUAGAAGGUUGAAUA